CUUUUAGACAGCGUCUAUGUCACUCAUUGUCAAAUGUGAAAUUUCAUAAAAAUGUAUUUACCAUAAAUUUCGGCAAACAUAUUUUUUCAACAAAAUUUUAAAAUGCCCACAGGUCAGAAAAUCUAUCAUUUGGAUAACAUUCUCGAAGCACGCAAAAUUCGCCCUGAAAUUGAAGCACGCUGGGUAGAAGUCGAACAAACUCCAGACCUUUUCCGUUACAAACUGAACGUCCAAAAACGGCGUAUAAUUGAUGGGGAGUACGGAUAUAUACUUGAAUUGAAUGCUGAACGCGGUACAAAACGACGUAAACCAAUGGUAAUGGACACCCUGAAACCACCAGUUAAUGAAGAGGAUUUUAACUUUACCGCUAUCAAGCCAGAGGAGAAGUUAUUAGGCAUCAAAUUCAAGGAUUAUAUUGUGUCGGUACUCAUCAAUGCUAGCCCGGUCACAAGGUAUCAUUGCUUGCUGGUCCUGAAACUGGAGGAAAAACUUCCGCAAAUUCUGACUUUCGCGGCAAUACAAUUUGCAAUCCGAUUAGUACGAGUCCUUAAUACUUUGGAUUACAAAGUUGGAUUUAAUAGCCCCGGAGCUGGAGCAUCUGUGAAUCAUCAGCAUCUGCAUCUUAUCUACUCGCCAAGCGAGUAUUUCGUUCAAACAGCUGAAAUAACCAGGCUCCGGUCAGGAAUCUACCGCCUCAGUCCCAAGUACGCCGUCAGAGCCAUUUGCUUCGUAUUGCACGAUUCAACUUUUGAGGAAUUCGAAACCGAAUCCGCCGAACGUGUUUACAAACUAGUCCGAUAUAUGAUCGACAAAUCCAUUCCGCAUAACUUGUUCAUUACAUUGGCGAAAUGCGAGCACAACAAGGAAAUGAGGAUUUUCAUUUUUCCACGCAAUGAGAUAAAGCUCAUAAAGGAUGUGAAUGAACUCAACAUAUCUUAUUGUGAAUAUGCUGGAUUCUUUCCACUACCAAACAGCCAACUAUAUGAUACUCUAGACGAAAAAACUAUUUUGGACGCUAUAAAGGAACAACAGUCAUGGGCCUUCGACCGACUUCUAGCCGUGGUUACCAAUACAAAAUUUUUUCCACACAGGCAAAAGCGACGGCAGUCGUCCGGACAAAUUUAAAGGGACUCGUUUGGAAAUAGAUACAGCAGUUUAUCUUAAUUCUGCUUUAAUGGAUGAAAAAUUAUCAGAACUGAAGAAAAAAUUAUACUGAAGUUUCACAAUAAAAGCAUUUUAAAUUUAGAUCGUUA